UUCCAUGAUUUUGAGCAAUCAAAUCAAUGAUGAAAUUGUAAGAAAGACGAUGGAAAAGCUUUAUUCUGCGGGAAGUUCGCGCCACUGUUUGAACGCCGCCGGCGGAGAAUGGCCGCAGGCGGCGGCCGUUCCGCUCGCGCAUGGAGAAAUUAGGCGACACAAGUUGAAAAGAAAGAGAGAGAGUUGUCUGCGAUUGGCCUCCGAAACCACCAACAAAAAGAAGAGUAAUCCAACGUCAGAGUGAUACAACCGGCGACACGUGGCCGACAUGCAGAUCAAGAAGAACCAACCAACGAUUAAUGGAAGAAGAAUCAGCGGAGUUAGUGGGGGGAAUCAUGAUGAAGGCUGCCAUUGGCGAUCUUUCAAUCUCGAGAAUCACAGGGACCCAGCUUUCUCAUCUUCUGCAUCAUAACAUAUGGCGCUGUGUGGUUGAAUCUGAAUCAGCGGAGCUUUUUCAGUUGUUUCCUCCGAUCACCUGGGCUUGUUUAGCGUUUCUACAGCUUUUACGGUGUCCCUUUAUCUGGAAUUGGACCUCUUCAACCGCAUUUUGUAUGCCUCUCCGAAGGCGCUCCACAGUUAAAUACUGACGACCCAUGAAAAGAAAAGGCAAUUCCAGAAAUGAAGUUUAUGAAAUUAGGAACGAGGCCUGACUCCUUCUAUACAGAAGCGGCUACCAGGACGGUUCUUUCUGAUGUCCCAGGCAAUAUUGUUAUAUGCAUCGACAACUUUAGUUUUCUUCUCCACAAGUUUCAGCUUCUACCGAAGUGUGGACUCUUGCAACAUCUCUGCCCUGACUUGGGAGAUUCCAACAUUGCCACUAUUGAGCUUCAUGAUGUUCCCGGAGGUGCAGAAGCAUUUGAACUGUGUGCUAAGUUUUGUUAUGGAAUGACCAUUAGUAUCAGUGCCCAUAAUCUUGUGCCCGCAUUAUGUGCUGCUAAGUUCCUCCGCAUGACUGAAGCAGUAGAAAAGGGCAAUCUUGUUCUGAAGCUUGAAUCUUUCCUCCACUCUUGCAUUCUUGUUGGCUGGAAGGAUUCCAUUAUUACCCUACAAAGCACCGUAAAGUUACCCGACUGGUCUGAGAAUCUUGGAAUUGUCAGAAAGUGCAUUGAUUCAAUUGUAGAGAAAAUCCUAACACCACAUUCAAAGGUAUCAUGGUCCUACACUUACACAAGACCAGGUUACACGAAAAAGAACAACCAAAGUGUCCCAAAAGAUUGGUGGACUGAGGAUUUGUCAGAUCUUGACAUUGAAUUGUUCCGCUGUAUAAUUUUGGCUGUUAGAUCUACAUACAUUCUACCACCACAACUUAUUGGGGAAGCCCUGCACGUCUAUGCCUGUCGUUGGCUACCUGAUUCUGCAAAUGUCAAGCCUUCAGAGACUAAGAUUUCUCAGAGCAAAGAAGAUAUGGAAAAGAGUCGACAAAUUCUCGAAAAAAUAGUUGGCAUGAUUCCUUCAGAUCGGGGAUCAGUUUCAGUUGGCUUCUUGCUCAGACUUCUUAACAUAGCGAACUAUCUAGCAGUGUCAUCAAUGACAAAAACUGAAAUAAUUCGGAGAUCGAGUCUGCAGUUUGAGGAAGCAAGAGUGAGUGACUUACUCUUUCCUUCGCAAUCAACCUCCAAUACACAUUUCUAUGAUGUUGACUCAGUUGUGGCGGUUCUGGAAUGUCUUCGAGCGCUAUGGCGAAGGCAAUACUCUGGGGCUUCCGAAAACAGUCAUUUCUUGAGAUAUAUUCAAAAGGUGGGGAAGCUUGUCGAUUCAUAUCUUCGAGUGGUUGUGAUGGAUAUCAAUAUGCCUGUAUCUAAAGUGAUACAACUUGUUGAAGCUCUGCCAGAUAUUGCUCGCCCAAACCACGACGAUCUUUACAAGGCAAUAAACAUGUAUCUCAAGGAACACCCUGAUUUGAGCAAAGCAGAUAAAAAGCGACUUUGUCGAAUUCUAGACUGUCAAAAAUUAUCGUCAGAAGUCCGUGCCCAUGCUGUAAAGAAUGAGCGAUUACCAUUGAGAACUGUUGUUCAGGUCCUGUUCUUUGAUCAAGAGAAAGGAUCAAAGGUUACAAGUUUUACACCCACUGCAAAACAGCUGAUUUCUGUCGAAAAACAGGCGACGAUCACCAGUGACAAUCAUGGUAAGCUAAAACCAGAAAUUGACAGCAGUGUCGAUAAAGAAGUAAGAGAAAGAAAGACCUUCUCUGAAAGCAGUGAGAGAGAUGGGCAUAGAACAAAAAGAGCAGAUGUGAAACUGCCACUUGAGAGGGAAAUGAAAGAUGAUAAAUCAGAACUUGAUGUAAAGUCAGUGAAGAGUUGUAGGACCAGAGAGAUAGGCAAGGAUAACAAGUUCUUAAGCAAGUCAGAUUCUAAAAAAUUGGUACCAAGAGGAAGCAGAUCAGAUCAUGGUGGUGAACAAAGACAAGUUAAAAGAUGAAGGCAGACAAUACACAAAAUGAAGAUCAAAUAAGAUCAUUUUACAUUGCUGCUUGUUUAUUUAUUUUUUGUUAUAGUUUCAUUUCUCUUGUACUGUUCUAGAACUAAGGCUCAGAAAUAUGUUUCCAUAGCUCUAAUAUAGGCAACUCUUUCAAUUGUGGGAAAUUACAAAAUUUCUAUCUAUUAAACAGUAAUAAUAUUCCAUUUCUUGUGUGAAA